UUUUCCUGCCGCUUUAUAAAUCCAAGGUUGGGUACUUAGCCGGCCAUCAACAUUCCCGGAGCUAAAGCACAAGCGUAGCGUUUUUUGCUUUGCCAUGGCCGCAGCCGUCGCUGGGAACACGAAGGAGGAGCUUCCUCCGCCGCUGGAUUCGUCCGCGGAGCUGCCUGCUCUGUUUGAUGGAACUACAAGGUUGUAUAUAUCUUACACUUGUCCGUAUGCGCAGCGCAUCUGGAUUGCUCGGAACUACAAGGGUUUACAGGAGAAGAUAAAGCUGGUGCCUAUUGAUCUGCAGAACAGGCCUGCCUGGUACAAGGAGAAGGUUUAUUCUGGAAAUAAGGUUCCUUCUCUGGAGCAUAACAAUGAGGUCAGGGGGGAAAGCUUGGAUUUGCUCAAGUACUUAGAUGAGCAUUUUGAGGGGCCUUCUAUGCUUCCUGAUGAUCCAGAAAAGAAGAAGUUUGCUGAGGAAUUGCUGGCUUACUGCGAGUCCGUCAUUGGUGCUUCAUAUCGAGAGUUAACUGCAAAGGGAGAUGUCAGUGAAGAAGUUGUUGCUGCUUUCAACAAGAUAGAAGAAUCCCUUUCAAAAUUUGAUGAUGGGCCUUUCUUCCUUGGGCAAUUCAGUGUGGUGGAUAUUGCGUAUGCUCCAAUUAUUGAGAGGAUUCAACUUUUUUACUCUGCUUUAAGGAACUAUGAUAUUACCAAUGGCAGGCCCAAACUGGCCUUAUGGAUUGAGGAGCUGAACAAGAUAGAUGCCUAUUCUCAAACACGACGUGAUCCUCAAGAGUUGAUUGCUGGCGCUAAGAAGAAGCUUGGGAUCAACUGAAGAUUUCGGCAUCUUCCUUUUUCCUUUCAGGUGUUGUAAGCAGCUCAAAUCAUUUCUUUUUUUGCCAGAUCCAGAACUUGUUUUGUUCUUAUUUUGCUUUUCUCACGAGGAAUUAUUCUGUGUGGACACCGGACGGUCCGGAUGCCAAUCAGAACGUGGCACAUCACCCGGUACAAGUGGUACCGAGAAAAAAAAGUGAUGUGGCACGUUCUGAUUGGUCUCCAGAUGCUAUCCGGAUCUGCACAAAAUAAUUUUUCCUUUAUCGCAUCUUACUAUGCCACUCUCUUAACUGUACUGCUUAUAUUGUUGAGUUGCUAACUUAUAAUGCAGGUGUUUUGUGUUCCAUCUGGAAGCCUAGUCAUGGUGUUUGCAUGAAUUUGCGUUUCUAGAAUCUCUGUUACUGUACUAGCCGUUAAAUAAAUGAUUUGCUUCCACCA